AUGGGCAGCAACCAGGCCUUCCUGGCGGCUUCUUGUCGUGCCCCAGAGCGCGGUGGUGGCACUAUUUCCGGAUGGACUCCUCCAGGGGUUCGUUGUGGAGUGAUGGACACCUUUGACGCCCGCGACUCUGGUGACAUGCCAGUGCUGAUUCGAGCAAUGGAUGCAGGGGUAGCUCCCCCGUCGGCUCGUCCGUUACCAGACGAACCCUUGACACCCCGGAGAGCUUCAUCAAGCCUUCCUUUCCUCAUCAGCAGCUCAUCUACCCCCUCCCCCCAGACUCCCUCUUCACCUCUCAUCUGGCCUCACGAUACCUGCCAGACCCCCAAUCCGCCUCUCACGCCACACGCCAACUACACCCAGCUUCCCUCCUCCUUCUACUUCUCUCCCUCGGCAUCGAGAUCCAGCGGCGCCUUCAGUUUAUCGUCUGACCCCAGUGACCUCGGCGACGACAUCUCCAGUAUCAUUAUGCCCGGCCAGACUUUCGAGGCCCAGGCCGAGCAUCGAUUCCGAUCCCACAACACAGCCGACUACUUUUCGUUAAGCUGUACUGCGACUAAUACGAGCCUCGACGACAUCGCCCAGCAGCCACCUUGCUCGGCAGGCAGCGGGAAGAGCGCACGAACCGCGAGUCCGAUGACCUUUGCGCGUUGGGGGAGGCGACAGCAUGAUGGAGAACCAGCGAACAAGCUCAGAAGGCGAGAUCACGGCAGCCGAAACGGCCUCUCGAGAUCUGGUAGCAUCCAAAAACGACAGACUCAACCCGGAGGUGCCCCACAGAUGACGCGGGAAGAAUUUGAGGCUCUGCCGCUAGCAAUACAAAGAAAGUACUUCUCGACCCUCGAACGACUGCGUUUCGCCCAAGAGUCAGGCCUUGUCGACGGCAUCUCCCAGCAUUACGACGACAUAUCACAUUUCAAGCGUAGAAAUCCCCGUCAGGAACGCACUUCCUCGGAAGAACUCGUUGGUCGAUCUCAGCACGAAUCCGGCUUCGAGUUUCUCUCGUCCACUUCUGAUUCGUCGCCCUUGUGCGUUGGUCAGCCAGAAGCAACACAGGAAGUAGAAUCCCGCCGCCCUGCGAUACGGCACCGUGCCAGUGUCAUUUUUGACGCGGCCGACGAGGCCGUAUAUAGGCUCAACCAGCAAGCUGGGUGGAGAAAUCGGUCCCCGACCCUCGAUUCUGUCACCCCGCCACUCUCCCCUACUCGGCAUAGCAUGGACUCGCAUGAUGGGUUUAGGAAUCACCUUGACCGUCCCGCCGACGGCCAUGUACCCAAGUCGUUCUACGACAGCUUUCGGUGGCUUGACGAGGAGGAGGACUUGGAUUUACGCCUCUUCCUAGACGACUACCACGCGAACUUGCGGGAGGGCACGCCGACGACCAAGCAACGGCCAUCGUUCCGUCGCACCAUGUCGAUAUCAAAGGCCCCGUUCGGUCGUCGAAGCUCCGUGUCGUCGAUUAGACCUGUCACGAAAGACGCCAUGGCCCCGACAUCGCCGAUCCACAGCCCAACUGGUAGCAUCUCCAACGGCUUGACUCACGUAAGACGCAAGUCGCGCGCCUUGUCUCUCAUCACGCCAAAACAUGGGGCUCAACCUUCGAUCACGGCAUUUGACCCCGCAGCCGCGCACUAUCAGGAUCCCGAAGCGAGAUUGAAGUUGCGUGUUUAUCUGGCCUCGCCGCAGAAGUUUGAUGAGGCUGUUGAGUUUGGAUUCCCAUCGGCGGACGUGCUGUCGGCUGCACCGGCGGUUAAUGCGGAGAACACUGGGCUUCACGGGCAGCCGAAGCCGAAAUCAGCCGAUGCCUCGUCAAACAUGCACACGUUCUUGGCCGAUCACGAUGACGAAGACGAGCUGUCACUCUACAGCGACCACGCAACGUCGCUGGGUGACCCCGAUUCCCCCAAAACCCCGGAGCCAGUCGAACAACGAACUGUCGCCCCACGCCACGGGCGGUUUGCCUCGGCAGAUGCUCUUAGCGGAAGAGGGUACGGAAGGACCACCCCGGAGGGGCCUUUCUAUGUUCAAGCGCCAGCAGCCUCUCGCGAGAUGACUCUGCGUAUGACGCUGACCCGGCCCGAUCUUCGUGCCCACGAGGACGACAUGUAUGGGUGGCAGCAGAAGCCGGUCUAUCAACAGCAUGCCCGCCGACCAACCGCAAUGGCGUCUCUCGCCACAGAUAACAGAGCCACACACACCGCAACGCACAAAGAGAGCCUCGACAAGUUCCCCGAAGUCGACCACUGGAACGAAACCGUUCCAGAAAAGGGGGUGAUGAGGCGGAUCUGGAACCGCGUCCGGAGGGGCUGA